AUGGACUUAGUUAAGCUAUUAUAAAUAAAUUAAUAAUGUAAUAAAAUUUACAACAUAAUUGACACUAAAUUACCCCACUUUUAAAUCUAACUAUAUAUUGAUGUGUAUGGUUAUAGUAGUAUUGAUGGUAAUGAAAGUUUUUUUUUAGAAAUAACUGAAAAUUCUUUGUAAGACUCUGUUUGCCUAUCUACUUCCUUGGGUAAAUCAUUAUAAUAAUGUUCUGGAUAUAAUAAUGAGUUGAUUCGCAAAUCCUUCUUUAAAGAAAUUAGUCAUUCUCAAGAAUAAGUUAAUCUUGAAAUAUGGAGUACAACUAAUUAAGAAUUUGCUGAUGAAGCCUAUUUAUUUAGAAAUGUCUAACUGAUUUUAGAUAGAUGUUACAAAACUUGUAAGACUUGCUCAGGUCAAGGAAAGGAAUAGUGUUUAACUUGUUAUAAUGACAUAAGUUUGAGUUCUAGUAAUUCAUGUGAUUCUUUUAAGGAUCGAACAGAUUAAAAGUUCCUUCAAAUUCCAGAUGGAUGUAAAGAUAAAUGUGAUAAUAAUAAAGAUUAUGAUGAAGAUUAUGUUUGUAUUGAAGAUAUAAGUAAUCAUAAUUAAUAGUAUUUUUUAGAUCUUUAAGAUAAAUGUGAAGAUAAUUGCCUGAAAUGUACUAGUACAUAAAGUUGUUUAAUUUGUAAACCCUAAAAUUAUCUCUAUUUUGGAUAAUGUAUGGAUUAAUGUCCAGAAUACACAAAAAUAUAUGGUACUAAUUGCUUAAGCAUUGUUGAUAUUAUUUAAAAAAAUAACAAUUUAAGGGUUAAACAAUUAGUAAGAGAAUUUUAUGAUCUAUCAACAACAAAAAGCUCUACUGAUACAAUAUUUUAAUUUAUAUCAUCAUCUAAUUCAUUUAAUUUCUAAAAAGGUAAUGCUAUUUAUUAUAGCUACUUUUCAAAUAAAAGAAUUUUUGGAGGACCAUUAGUAUGGGUUAAUGCUGCAUUUAAAUUUACAAAAAAUUGGACAGAAGAGUUUUAAUUUAUUAAAAUAUUUUUUGAAGUGAUUUUAGGGGAUAUUUCAUUAAAUAACAAUAAAUUUACAUAUAAAUUAAAUGAUCAAUAAUUAGAAACAAUAACUUUAUAAGAAAAUUAUUCAGGACAGAAUCCAAAUAUAUAAGAUCAAAUAUGGCCUAAUGACUAUCAAUUCAAUAUAUAUAUAGUGGAUAAAUCUAUACAUUAUUAAAUGUCAACAAAUAAGUAAUUAACUAUGGAGAUUAAAUGUUAAAAUAAUCAUGAACUUGCAUUUUGUGGGAUUUAGAACAUGGUUGUAGUUGGAAUUUUAAAUUGUGAACCUGAAUAUUACUUUGACUAUUAUAAUUAUGAAAGUGGUAGAAAUCAUUGCAUUCCAAUUUGUGGUGAUAAAAUAAUUGUUGGAGAUGAAGAAUGUGAUGAUGGUAAUAAUGAUCCUUUUGAUGGAUGUUUCAAUUGUAAAUAUUAAUGUGAAGAGCAUUGUGAUAAUUGUAUAUAUGGUUACUGUUUAAGAAAAAAAACCAUAUAUAGACAAAGUUCUUUUAAAAUAGAAAUUGAAUAUAAUUUGGCUUACUAUUUAGAUGUUAUUUCAUUAUCUUGUAUAUUUAAAUGUAGUAUAUGCAUAAACAAUUUAUGUUUAUAAUGUAGUUAUGGGUAUUACUUAAAUACAUAUAACAAUUUAUGUGAGACUCUUUGUGGAGAUUCUAUCAAUUAAGGUAAUGAAUAAUGUGAUGAUGGUAAUUCAGAUAACUAUGAUGGUUGUUCUAAUUGUGAAUUGAUUUAAUAUGAAAAAUGUGAUAUAGAAUAGGAUAUCUAAAAAUAUCAUUGUGCUGUCUGUUACUAUGGUAAAUGCUUAAAAUGUAAUGAAGGAUAUAUAUUAAAUGAUGAUCUUUGUAUUUCAAUAUGUGGGGAUGGUUUAAUUAAUCCAAUAGAAGAAGAAUGUGAUGUUUAAAGUGGAGAUGGAUGUAUUGAUUGUAAAAUAUAAAAUGGUUAUGUUUGUGGUAAAUAACACUUUUCAACUUGUAAGACAUGUGAUAAAGAGUGUACUUAAUGUGUAAGUUUAGAUAGGAUAAAUUUAAUUUGUAAAUCAUGCAUUGAUGGGUAUUACAAUGUAGAAGAUAAAUGCUUAUUAUGUGAUUCAAAUUGUAUUAAUUGCAAAUUGCAAUCAAAUUUAUGUAUAAUAAUAUAUAAUUUCUAAAAUAUCAUAUCGACCUGA